ACUACAUUGAUCGCGUACGAUCUACCGUCUACUUCUCGACAAUCGUAAUAAUAUCGAAGUAUUCGAAUGUUUUAAUUUUAACAUGGUUAUAUUUACAAUCAUGUCUAUUAAACAAAAUUUAUGGAAUGCUUUUAAUACAACUUUUAAAGUUACAUUAAAAUGAAGUAAUAUUUAACUUAUAAAGAUUAUAUUAAAUUAAUAGAUAAAACAAGGAAAAUUUUUUAUUGAUUAAAUUAAGUUUAAAAAUAACUGUUUUUAAUGACAUAUAUAAAAUUGAAAUUUAAAUAUAACACUAAAGAUUGAUAAAAUAAAAUCAUUAAAAGAAAUAAGAUAAUAAUAAAUAGAUAAAGGUAUAAAGUAAAUACAAAAACUUUCUUCAAUUCUCAGAAGAAUGAAGUCAUAUGAUAGUGAUCUGUUCUAACUAUACAUAUAGUGAGUGAGUAAAUAACCAAGUAAACUAUCUUUUAUUAUCAAUUUAAUAUUUGUUAAAACGUGGAAACUAUUUAUUUUUGAAACUAUUAUAAAUAAAUAUUGUUUUAUGAUUUAAUACUUAUUAUACAUAGUUUUUUUUAUUUCUGGCUAAUAUACAAAACAUUCCAAUACACGUCAAUUUCAAUCUACCUAUGUGUAUCAAAUUUAUUAUAACUCAUUUUAAGUGUGUGUUACAAACAUAUAAAAGAGUUUUUUAACAACGCAAGUAUUGUUGAAUAGUAUCCAAACAUUUCAAGAAAUAAAAUUCUUAUUCUUGGAAAAAAAUACUAUAUUUGAAAAUUAUCUGUGGAUUGGUGAAAAAGCUUUUCUGAAUAAAAAAUAAUGGAAUGGACGUGGCUAAAGGAUUGGUGGCGUUUAAAAAAAUGGCGUUAUUACAACCAUGGAAUAGACGCCGAAUCAAUAUCAGGCAUUCAAGAUGUUACUGAUUUGGAUACUUGCUGUUACUGCGAUGAAUGUUUUGCCGAACUGUCAGAAGGUUGUGGUAAUGAUGAUGCGUGUAUGGGAGGUACUGAUCUUGAAGGAGAAGGGAAACAAGUUCUGGUUGGCAUAUGUGCAAUGGCUAAAAAAUCUCAGAGUAAACCGAUGAAAGAAAUUUUAACACGACUUGAAGAGUUUGAAUAUAUUAAGAUUGUUGUAUUUCCAGAAGAAGUUAUUUUAAAAGAAUCAGUAGAAGAUUGGCCCAUAGUUGAUUGUUUAAUAAGUUUUCAUAGCAAAGGAUUUCCUCUUGAUAAAGCUAUUAAUUAUGCUGAUCUUCGAAAUCCUUUCAUAAUUAAUAAUCUUCCAAUGCAAUAUGACAUUCAAGAUCGUAGAAGAGUCUAUGCUAUACUGGAAAGUGAGGGUAUAGAAAUUCCACGGUAUGCUGUAUUAGACAGAGAUUCUGCUGAUCCGAAACAACCCUUUCCAGAUCACGAGUUAGUUGAAUCCGAGGAUCAUGUUGAGGUCAAUGGGGUUAUUUUUAACAAACCUUUUGUGGAGAAGCCUGUAUCAGCUGAAGAUCAUAACAUUUAUAUUUAUUAUCCAACAUCUGCUGGUGGAGGUAGUCAAAGAUUAUUUAGAAAAAUAGGAAGCCGUAGUAGUGUGUACUCUCCAGAAUCUCGAGUUCGAAAAACAGGCUCUUAUAUUUAUGAAGAUUUUAUGCCCACUGAUGGUACAGAUGUAAAAGUAUAUACUGUUGGACCUGAUUAUGCACAUGCAGAAGCUAGAAAAAGUCCAGCAUUAGAUGGUAAAGUUGAAAGAGAUUCAGAAGGCAAAGAAAUUCGUUAUCCUGUUAUAUUGAGUAAUGCUGAGAAAUUAAUAAGUAGGAAAGUUUGCUUGGCCUUUAAACAAACAGUUUGUGGUUUUGAUUUAUUAAGAGCAAAUGGACAGUCAUUUGUUUGUGAUGUUAAUGGAUUUAGUUUUGUAAAAAAUUCCAAUAAAUAUUAUGAUGAUUGUGCAAAGAUAUUGGGAAAUAUGAUAUUAAGAGAAUUAGCACCAACUUUACAUAUUCCAUGGAGUGUGCCAUUUCAGUUAGAUGAUCCACCUAUAGUACCAACUACAUUUGGCAAAAUGAUGGAAUUACGUUGCGUUGUGGCAGUCAUAAGGCAUGGUGAUAGAACACCAAAGCAAAAAAUGAAAGUAGAAGUUCGUCAUCCUAAAUUUUUCGAGAUAUUUGCAAAGUAUGAUGGUUACAAACAUGGUCAUGUAAAAUUGAAACGACCAAAACAAUUACAAGAAAUAUUGGAUACUGCACGUAGUUUGUUAGCAGAAAUACAGCAUCGUGCAGCAGGUCCUGAAUUAGAAGAGAAGCAAGGAAAAUUAGAACAAUUAAAAAGUGUACUAGAAAUGUAUGGUCAUUUUUCUGGCAUAAAUCGUAAAGUACAAAUGAAGUAUCAACCACGUGGAAGACCAAGGGGAAGUUCUUCCGACGAUGGUAACAAUCAUAAUCGACUAGGAGAACCAUCUCUUGUUCUAAUACUUAAAUGGGGCGGUGAAUUAACACCAGCUGGACGUAUUCAAGCCGAAGAACUAGGAAGAAUAUUUCGCUGCAUGUACCCUGGUGGUCAAGGUAGACACCUUAGUGAGGAAGACACAGAGAUGUUACCAAAUCACGGUGAAUAUGCUGGAGCUCAAGGAUUAGGUUUACUUCGUCUUCAUUCUACAUUUCGUCAUGAUUUAAAGAUAUAUGCUAGUGAUGAAGGAAGAGUUCAGAUGACUGCAGCUGCUUUUGCAAAGGGAUUACUUGCAUUAGAGGGUGAACUUACCCCAAUUUUAGUGCAAAUGGUUAAAAGUGCAAACACAAAUGGACUGCUUGAUAACGAUUGUGAUAGUAGCAAAUAUCAAAAUAUGGUUAAAACUCGUUUACACGAAUUAUUACAACAAGAUAGAGAAUUCACUCGUGAGGAUCGAGAACAAAUUAAUCCAGGAAAUGCAUUAAGUAUUAAUGCAGCCAUGGAUUUUGUUAAAAAUCCUGUUAAAUGUUGUCAACAUGUUCAUGCACUGAUUCAAAAACUUAUGGAUAUUGUACGCAUAAAAAAGGAUGAUCCGAAGACAAAAGAUGCAAUACUUUAUCAUGGAGAAACGUGGGAAUUAAUGGGACGUCGUUGGGGAAAAAUAGAAAAAGACUUUUGUACAAAAAACAAAAGAUUUGAUAUAUCCAAAAUUCCAGAUAUUUACGAUUGCAUUAAAUAUGACUUACAGCAUAAUAAUCAUACCUUACAAUUUGAUCAUGCAGAAGAAUUAUAUAUUUAUGCGAAAUAUCUUGCAGAUAUUGUUAUACCUCAGGAAUAUGGAUUAACUGUACAAGAAAAGCUUACAAUAGGUCAAGGUAUUUGUACGCCUCUUUUAAAAAAAAUAAGAGCUGAUUUACAGAGAAAUAUUGAGGAGUCUGGAGAAGAAACAGUUAAUAGAUUAAAUCCAAGAUAUUCCCAUGGUGUUUCAAGUCCUGGUCGACACGUACGUACGAGACUAUAUUUUACAAGCGAAAGUCACGUACACUCUUUGCUUACCGUCUUGCGUUAUGGUGGCUUGCUUGAUGUAGUAAAAGAUGAACAAUGGAGAAGAGCCAUGGAGUAUGUCAGUAUGGUUUCUGAAUUAAAUUACAUGUCACAAAUUGUAGUUAUGUUGUAUGAAGAUCCAACCAAAGAUCCUAGUUCAGAAGAACGAUUUCACGUUGAACUACAUUUCAGUCCUGGUGUUAAUUGUUGUGUUCAGAAAAAUUUACCACCUGGACCAGGGUUUAGACCACAUUCUCGCAAUGAGAGUAGUCAUAACAUGGGAGAAAGUGGUGGCUCUGGACAGGAUAGUGUAUCACAAUGCAGUACACGCAUAGAAGAGGAAGACACUGAAUUAAGCAUUCUAGAGGAUGAAAUAAUAAAUCCACAAAUACAAACUGAAACUUCUCCUACUGUGGGAAAUGAUGUCGUAGAUUCAACGUUAGAUAGCCCUACGACUAGUAGAGGUAUCGAUAUGAUGGACUUGGAUCCUAAUAUGAUGGAUGAACCAUAUGAUAGUGGAUUUUUACAAAGUUCCGCACCUAUUCCGAUUAGGCAUGUAAUGCGUAUUAUCAAUUCAAGAACAGUCGCUGGCCAUGAAGCCGCAAGACUUGGUAGUCAAUUAGCAGCUAGUCAAAGACAGAGACGUGAAAGAGAAGCAAGUGUUAUGGUGGAACCACGUGCUCGAAGUUAUGAUCAUCAACAUCAAGAAAAGGCCGAAAAGGCUGCGGACAAGCUGCAGUAUCAGAGCUUGGACGCGGUCAACAAAGAAGAAAAAACAGAACAUUCAAAUUACUAUAAAAACACUUUGAAUGUGCCUGUGUACCUGGGACAGCCUAUAGCUUUACCACACUCAGUUAGCUCACCAGAAUUACCUAUUCCUUGUGUUCAAACUUCCAUCCCAAUUUCACCUCCUUUGAUAACCGUACAUGAUAUUCCUUUAGCUUCACCUAUCAAUUAUAAUUAUAAAAAAAACACAAGUGCACCAUCUCCACCGAAAGAUCUAUUAAUGUCAGAUCUUGAUAGCUAUCAUCUUUCUUCUGUGAAUCAGGAACAAUUGAAAAACAAGAAAACACAUGGAGGUUUCCAUACAGAGAUAAUUCUACCUAAUAUUAAAGUGGAUGGUGAGUCAAAUGAUUUUGAUCCUAUGUCAGAAUCUCCGUCAAUGGUUAAUUCUUCUUCUUUAUCACUCUCUUCUCAUAAUAAUUUAUGUCCCAUAGGAACAACAAUUUCGACUGUUAAUGUUGCAAAUCCAGUUGAAAAUACUAAUGAUUUUAAACGGUCACGAUCUUUAUCACCUUGCCCUACGAGAUGUCUUUGUUAUAAUUGUAAUGUCUCCGAGUUGAUUUUACAGAGCAGAGAUCUUCCACCUUUAGAACGUUCUAACUUUAGGACCUAUUUUGUACGAUCUCUUUCUCAUAAAUUCUUUAAUUGUUCCUGUUAUACGUUGGCUAAUAUAUGGCAAAACUUAUCGCCAAAUCUAUCACAAUGUUCUUCUUGUUGUGACAUAAUUUCUUCGACCGAUAGUCUCGCACAAAAUCGUGGUCAGUUUCUAAAUCCUUCGUGUUCUUUAGUCCAUCUUGCAUCUCACUCUAAUCAGAAAAUAUAUAAAAAGCAUUAUUUAAUUCCCAUUUCACCAGAUAAACAAACGUCUAAUUCGCAAUCUCCUACUGGAUCACCAUCCAAGUGUAAUUGCAUUUUUUCACAAAGACACUAUCUAAGAAGAGAUAGUCAUGGUACGGAUUUAUCAAUGUUGAAUGAAAUGAAAAGAACACCAACAGAGGAAUCUAUUUCUUAUGUAUUGAGAAGAUCAAACUCAUGUCCAAACAUAAUAACAAGAUUUAAUUUAGAAGUUUUAGUAUCUCAUUCUGACCCUCAUAAUUACCUUGGCAACAAUAGUUCUUCCAUAUCCCAUUGUCCUCAGAAUCGCAGGCGAUAUUCUUGUUCUGAUACAAAAAAACAAAAUGUCUCACAGCACUUGAUAGACAAUGGUAUUCUGCAUGGUCAUGUUCACAGUAACAAUAGUCACUACCAUGAAUCCUCUCAUUGCAAAUCAAAUAACCAUGAGCCUAAGUGUCCACGUGCACCAUUUUCCCAACUCCAGCCUCAACGAUCCUUCUCAUCCCCAGACACACGACCUUCGAUCAUUCAACCUGACCCUACCUGCACAGCAAGGCGCCACCGUCACAGUAUCUCCGGACAGAUGAGUUAUUUCAAGCUGCUGGGAUAUAACGUUAGCAAGAAAUUGACGGGCUCAGCAAACAGUCUCUUCAGUACUGCAGUAAUCAGUGGAUCUUCCAGUGCUCCGAAUCUUAAAGAUAUGAUUCCAUCACAUGCUAUGAUUCCGCAACAUGUUGCUGCAAUAGAAGGUUUCGGCGGCGUUCCUCCGAUAAGACCAUUGGAAACACUCCAUAAUGCAUUGUCUUUACGUCAAUUGGAUUCAUUUCUUGAAAUGAUGACGAGUGCACCUUUGUUUCGAACUCCUGCUUCUUCACCUCCAAAAUAUCCAUCACCUGGAGGCUCAGUCAAUCCGAAUCUUAAUGUAGGAGGCAUUAGUCGCGAGUACCAAUCUUCUGACUUGGAAGCCGUCAGGUACUGUAAGAAAUUAAAUAAUGUACCCUUGUAUAUCACACCAACUCCAAUUCAAUACAAAUCUUGUGGUGAUGGAGAUACCUGUGACAUCAGAAAUCAACCAUCACCCACAAGUCCAAAUAGUACAGGAUGGAGUAGCGAACCACAAUCAUUUCUAUCUUCCGAACCAUCAUCCCCUGCACCAACAUCAACAGGAGAGUGCAGUAUGUCUAUCAGUCUAAUCAGUAACGAUGGAGCACCAUCGUACAGUGGAGCCCCAAAGUUUCCCACAACUCCGGGUCUUGAUCUUGAUUUCAAUGAUUUUUGUAUGAAUAUAGAUCAAGAGAAUCACGAAGGUCGUGGUAGUGUUUCAUAUACAGAUUAUUAUAGCAACGAAGACGGUCAAAUCCGUAAAGGUCCAUCUUAUACGAGUACUACCCAAAAGACAGUUGUUUCAUCGGAUGAUCUUCCUGUUGAUACGGUUGAUGACGACGAAGAACAUACAUUAACGUUGCGUCAAACCGAAGCACAGAAAAAGCAGGAUGUUAAAUUGUUAUUCGAACAAGUAGAAAAUCCUAAUGCGACAAAAUCAACUGUUGGUUAUAAAAAAAUAGGAAGAUUUCGCGUUGAGAGUAUGGAAAUAUCAGACGACGAUGUUAGAAUUAAAGAGCCUAGCAGUGCAUGUUCAUCUACGGAUAAGAAUAAAUUACUUACAUUGCAAAAAAUGGAAAUUACUAAUACAGAGAGAGGCCCAACUCACAGAAAUAAAGAGACCAGGCAUAAAAGGAAGAAUUUUUCACGAUCGCAAAGCGUGUCUACGCCAAAAACUUUUGUUGCUAAAUCUGAUACAAAUUUCAGUUUUAAAUCUGUCAAAUCUAAAGAAAGCUCCUUCUCAGCAAUGACGGAUAAAGAUUUGGAGAAAUGGAAAUUAAGCUCAACCAAGUCAGAUCCUUCUACCUCAUGUACAGAAACUCAAAAAGAACCGAUCCUAACUAUGGCCAGUAGUUUAACAGAUAGCCCUAGUGUAACUAUUGGAUUUGACAUACAGGAUAAAAAGAACGAAUAGUUCCUCUAAUAUCUGUAUUCUAUAUAUUUUAUCAAUAAUUCUAGAAAAUUUUAAUAGGAUAAAAGGAAACGGAGUAAUAAUUUUAACUCUAUAUUUUUCUGAAUACUCUAUAUGUGUUUUAUGUUAUAUGACUUUUAAUAGAUAUCAUUAAACGAAUAGAUAUACUUUUAUGAAUAUUAUCUGAUAUAUAAACAAUAUCUCCUGAUUUUAAAUUGAUGAAUGUUAAAUAAUACAUGCAAAACAUAUGAGUACUUAAUCCCACCUAAUUGCACCAAAGUAAAAGUGAAAAAUUAUCGUAUAUAAAAAGGAAUAUAUUAUAUAUGUAAUAAUUUCUUACGAUAAAAAUUUUUCAUUUAAAUUUUAAAACAAUUCCGUAAGUAUAUGAUUUAUAUUAGAUAUCAGUCGUAUUACAUUCUGUUGCAUUAUAUUGUUAUUGUUUAGAAUGGUAAUUAAUGUAAAAACAGUAAAAAAAGAAAAGAGAAAAAAAUCUCAAGUAUUUUUAACUCAUAAAAUAUAACUUAUAUUGGUUCGUUAUUAUUUUCGUAUAACUGCGUUUAUGUAUUUAUAAAUAUUUAUUUAGAAUGUAAAAAUCCUUGUGCGCUUAAAUGCUUGCAGUAAUAUUUUUUCUUACAUCUUGUUAUUAAUCUUCUUUUAAAACAAUAUUUCCAUAAUAAAUGAAAUAAAUAUGAAACGAUAGAGAGAGAGAGAGAGAGAGAGAGAGAGAGAGAGAGAGAGAGAGAGAGAGAGAGAGAGAGAGAGAGAUGUGAAAUAAAAUAUUUUUGUUAUGAAUGUUUUAAACUUCUUACUGUAAUGUAAAGUGCAAGGAUUAGAUAGCAUAAAAAUAUAUAUAUAUAUAUAGGUAUAGCCAUAUAUAUUUAAAACUGUGGAAAUAUGCAGAUAAUUGAUUGCAGUCCAGUACUUAAGGCGUACAAGUAAUAUCUGUGAUUAGAUAGCAUGGAAUUGAUUUCUCCUUACAGUAAAUAUUUAAUUUACUGUAUGGAUAUUUCAGUUACUAUUUUAUCAACGUAUAUAAUCAAUAGUUCACUAUAUGUAAACGGCACUAACAAACAAAUUUCUCUUCGUUAAUAACAAAUCUUAAUUAACUGUAAUUUCUAAUUAAAAUUUUUUUUUUUGUUUUUAACACAUUAUGUAUAUACUUACUAGUUUGAUUUUUUAGAAGACUUAAAAUUAUUUCUAAGCUUCGGAAUUAAAUGGAAAAAAAAGAAAAAGGAAAAAAGAAAAAAUAAACAAUUAAUAAAAUAUGCAUAGAAACGCCAUUUAUAAUAAUCGUGAACAAUUAUUUCAAUUAAUAUUAGAUGAAAGGAGAAAAAAAAAUAGUGAACCAUCGUCAACGCGUAUUUGUAUAGAUGUAAAAUAUAAUAAUAAAAUAUCAGAGGAAUAUCAAAAUAUGUAUGUAAAUGAAAUAAAAUAUCUACGAGGAAAAUAAAUAAGAAAAAAAAAAUAAAUAAAUAAAUAAA